GCGCCGUAAAUUUUUUCGAUUUAGCUUAAAAAAAAAAAAGAAAAAACCACAGAAACAGCUGAUCGUUUUAAAAUGAGUGAAGAAUCUAGCGAAGCACAACGUCGCUUCGAUAAUGACAUCCCUAAGGAACAUUUGGACAAUUUGAUCCAAAGAGCACAAGAAGUUAUCAGUAAAGAUAAUGUAGAAAUACCCGAUUUUUGGAAAGCAAAGUAUAAAAAGGAAGCCUCGAAAAACUGGGAUCGCUUCUACAAACGAAACACAACAAAAUUCUUCAAAGAUCGACAUUGGACAGAUCGCGAAUUCAAAGAGUUAGCAGACCAAACAAAAGAGCAAAGAUGCUUAGAAGUUGGUUGUGGUGUUGGAAAUUUUGUUUUUCCGUUACUCGCUGAUAACCCUAAACUAUUUAUGUAUGCCUGUGAUUUCUCAAAACGUGCAAUUGAGUUGGUGAAAACGAAUGAAAAAUACGAUGAAACCAGAUGCAAGGCAUUUGUUUGUGACUUAACUGAAGACCAACUGACGGAUAAUAUCCCAGAAAAUUCACUAGAUUUAGUAUCAGCAAUUUUUGUAUUCUCAGCUAUACCACCAGAAAAAAUGCAUAUUGCUGUUAGAAAUAUAUAUCGUGUGCUUAAGCCUGGAGGUUGUGUCUUAUUCCGUGAUUAUGGUAUUUACGAUGAAGCCCAGAUAAAAUUCAGUGCUGCCACUGAUAAACGAUUAGGUGAUAAUCUUUAUGUUCGCCAAGAUGGUACCUUAAGUUAUUUCUUUUCAACAGUCGACUUGAGAAACAGAUUUGAGAAUGAAGGCUUUAGCACACUAAAUUGCCAAUACGUUUAUAGAGAAACAAUAAAUCGUGGUAGAGAGUUGAGAGUAGACAGAAUCUUUGCGCAAGCCAAGUUUCAAAAACCUUUGUAGACAAUAAAAAAAUGUACGAUUACGUUUUAUUCAAUGUAAUUAAAUCUAGC